UUGUUUUGAAUUAACAGUUCUCGAUUUUGUUGCUUUAAAAUCAAUUACAAAAAUCUGAAAUACUGCUGCACAUUUAAAAGCAGUGAUUUCAUUUUGCAUAGUUAAUUUAGGUUCAUUGUUUCCCGUUCAGUCAUAUUGUUCUUGUGCUUCAUGUUCUAGUCAUGUUUAUGCCAUUUCUUUCUCAUGCUGUCAUAGUCAUCAUAUUGUGCACCCUUUCAAAAUAUGCAAAUUGUCAAGUUUGCCACAAAAAUUGGGAGGAUUUCAAAGACUCUUGCUAUAGAUUUACACGCACCCCCUUGAAAACACGUCUUGAUGCUUCUGAUAGGUGUAGAGCUUACAACUCAGACUUAGUUGCUGUUAAUAAUUUAGAUGAGCACAAUUUUAUAAUCAAAUGGUUAAGAGAAAAUGAUCCUCAACAUAGACAAUGGUGGACCAGUGGACGAGAUGAUGGGGAUAACAAUUGGAUCUGGGACAGUGACAACACUUUAUUUAGUGACACAGAAUCCAUGUUUUUACCAAUGCAAAAUACAUCAUAUUUUCGCUAUGCUGCUUAUAACUAUUCUGACUUGGCUAACAAAUGGGGUCUUCAAAAAGUAGAUGAACUGGAUCUGAUGGCAUAUAUUUGUGAGAUUCCAAAAGAGAAACUUCAUCAGAUAAUUAUCACUGAAAGAGAAAUAGAUUAUGGGAUCAAUGUAUUAGACAAAGAACUCAUACCUCGGGGACCUUAUUUCAUUGAAGAACCCCAAUCUGCUAUAUUUGAUCCUAGUAGUCGUAAACAAGUAAAUGAUGUUGCUUUGAAAUGUGUUGCUGCUGGUUAUCCCCCACCAAUUUAUAAGUGGUAUCGAGAGGAAUUCAAAAGCGAUGAACUUAUAAGUCAUAUUGUUGAUCCAUUAGUUGAUUCUCGAUAUACACAAACAGAUGGUACAUUGAUAAUCCACAACCCUCAGCAAAACCAAGAUCGAGGAAAUUAUCACUGUACUGCAGAAAAUAAAUAUGGAAUUGUUGUUAGCCAAAGUAUUCAAUUAAGUUUUGGCUACAUUGCUGAAUUUAACAAAAAGCGGUCUUCUGAUUCUGGGCGAGAGAACUGGGGCAAGUCUAUUGCUUGUGAUCCACCACAGCAUUAUCCUCGUGUAAAUUACUAUUGGGUCAGAAAUAAGUUCUUCAAUUUUGUCGAAGAAGAUCAAAGAGUUUUUGUCUCAUUUGAUGGUAAUCUUUACUUUUCAUCUUUGGAAAAAGUUGAUGCUGCUAGUUAUUCUUGCAAUGUGCAAAGUGUAAUUUCCUCAUUUGGUCGUGUUGGGCCAUUUUUUAAUUUCAACGUUGAGCCAGCAUCCAGUGGCCAGAAAUUGCUGUUCCCCAAUAGUUUUCCAAAAGCAUUUCCAGAUGCUCCUUUAGCUGGGGAUGAUGUUCGAUUGGAAUGUAUUGCCUAUGGAUACCCUGUGCCAAGUUACAAUUGGACAAGAAAAGGGUUCACAAGUGAAUUACCUCAAGGUGCAUACACAAAAAGCUUUCAAAGAAUUUUAAUGCUUCCCAAAGUCCGUGUAGAAGAUGUGGGUGAUUAUGUGUGCUCAGCUAGCAAUGGUAUUGAAUCUAUCACAAAAGCUGUCCCGCUUAGAAUUCAAGCUAAACCAGAAUUCACAAUUCCAUUGGAAAACAAAGUAGUUGAUGAAAGUUCUUUGCUUGUUUGGACCUGCGAAGCUUUUGGAAAACCUGAGGUUAAGUACACUUGGCUAAAAAAUGGCAAGGAGUUAACCUAUAGCUCUCUUUCUAAUAAUGAUCGUAACAGAUAUAGAAUGUCUGAAAAUGUAUUAACCAUUGACCAAGUUACAAAAAGUGAUCAAGGGAUGUAUCAGUGUAGAGCUUCCAAUCACCUUGGAUCUUCAUAUUCUUCUGGACAACUACGAGUUAUAAGUAUGAAACCAUCAUUUGCUAAAUAUCCAUUGGACAGUGAAAUGUAUGCAGCAGAAGGUGGAAAUGUUACGAUUCCAUGUCGUCCAGAAGCUGCUCCUUUUCCAGAGUUUACUUACAAACGUAACAAUUAUGGUCUUAGCUCAUCGAACAGAAUCCAGAUCUUGGCAAAUGGAUUUUUAUACAUAAAUCCAGUUGUGAGGGAAGAUGAAGGAAAAUAUACAUGCAUUGCUAAAAAUAUUCAUGGAACUGAUUAUAGUGAAGGCUUGUUGAUUGUUUUAACCCUGCCUAGAAUGCUUGAUGCUCCUCAUCCGCGAGUGACUGCUGUUGUGAAUGAUACUAUUGAACUUCCAUGUCAAGCUUAUGCAAAUGAUCAGUUAUUAGACAUGGCAUAUAUAUGGCUUCAAAAUGGUCUUAGAAUUGAUAUGGAGAAGCAAUCUCAAUUUUCAGUGGGAAGACAUGCAGGGUAUUUGAAAAUUGAGAACAUUACUCGUGCUGAAGCGGGCACAUAUCACUGUAUUGUUAAGACUGCUGUUGGUCGCAUCGUAAAGCCAACAGAAUUAAUUGUAUUUGGACCUCCUGGUGCUCCAGGAGCUGUGCUAGCUGAAGAAAUAACUGCAACAUCAGGAAAAAUUCAUUUUAGUGAUGGUUCUGCUAAUGGUGAUCCAAUUAAAUCAUACAUUAUUGAGGGCAAAACUAAUCACAACAGUACUUGGGUUGUGCUUAAAGCAAAUGUUGAAAAAUGGAAGAAUCGACAAGAUACCGGUCGUAAAGAAAUAGAACUGUUUAAUGUACUAUCUCCUUGGAGCAUUUACUCAUUCAGAGUUUCAGCUGUAAAUGCAUUAGGAAUCGGUGAGCCGAGUGAUCCUAGUCCUUUUUAUAACACUGAUAGAGAUGUACCUCAUAUUGCUCCUAAAAAUGUCCAUGGUGGUGGUGGGAAAACUGGUAGCUUGACAGUCACAUGGGAUCCCUUGCCACCUCAAGAAUGGAAUGCUCCAGAAAUUUAUUACAAUGUUUCAUAUAAACCUGCAAAUUCAGAAGUGAAGUUCCAAGAAAUUUCUUUAAAAAAGAGGCAUAACAUUGGGUUGCAUGUCAUUAAUGUAGGUGAGGAAAAUUACUAUAAACCAUAUUUGGUAAAAGUACAAGCUAUCAACAGUGUUGGUCCUGGACCUUAUAGUGAAGAAGUACUGGUUUAUUCGGCGGAAAAUAUGCCACAAGUUCAGCCUUCUCAAGUUUAUGCUGUUGCAUAUAACUCAACAGCACUUAAUGUGACUUGGGCACCUUUGGACUUAAAUCGAGAGAAAAUACGCGGAAAAUUAAUUGGAUAUAGAAUCAAGUAUUGGCAAAAUGGCAAAAAUCCUGAAGAUGAUUCCCUUAUUUUGUUAAAACGAGGACUGGAGAAUUGGGGAUUAAUAGUCGGUUUGCAACCUGAUACUGAAUAUUGGUGUGCUGUCAUGGCAUACAAUGAUGCAGGCAGUGGUGUUGAAAGUGAACCUUUCCUUGCUCGCACGUUCAAAGCUGCUCCCUUGCGCCCACCAACAAAUGUUCGUGUUGAUGCUCUUAAUCCAACUAGUGUGGCUGUUUCUUGGAGAGGUGUUUUACCUUCUACAGAAGAAGAACCAAUUAGAGGCUAUAAAGUUCGGUAUUGGGAAUCUGACCAAGACAUGACAUCAGCAAAAGAAGUCUAUCGUUUCUUGGAUGGAAAUGACUUAGAAGUUGUGGUUUCUGGCCUCACUUUGGGCAAAGUGUACAAGCUACGUGUUUUGGCUUUCAGCAAUGGUGGUGAUGGGAAAAUGUCUUCACCUGUCCGAGAAUUUAAAAUAGGUGAUGCAACAGCUUUAUAUUACAGAACCUCAUCAAGUAACUUGUGUUAUUCAUCGUUUAUUCUGAGCUUAGGCAUGAUAUCUACAAUUGUAGCUACUAAUGUAUGGAUACUGAAGGUAUAAAUUUUGUUCAACAUUUGAAAAGAAUGUGCCACCUUUAGAAAAAAAUUUCCUUUCAUUACUUCAUAACCAACAAAUAUACAAUAUACUUUCUACUGUUUCCAUUUUACCUGAGUGCAUUUGUUAUAUCUGACGCUGAAAAUGAUAUUUUUUCAUUUUUGGAAAUAAUAGUUACGUAUUUUUAUACUUUUUAUACUUUGAGCAAAAAAUUAUGUUCUGCUAUAAGUCUUACAUGCAGUGUGCAGUGCAAUCUAGGAUUAAUCUACAAGAAAUAUGUUCAUUUCUCAUUGAACGCACACAUUUAUUGUUUAAAAUAUUCUAGUGUAUGUUGAAGAAUUGGUUGUAUUUUUACACUUGUAUAUAUAUACUGGUGAAAAUUUUCAAUGUAUCAAAAGAGUUUUUAAGAUUAUUUUACUCUGAAAAUAUUGGGACUAGUUUUCUUCUUUUAUGUGUGUUUAUUGUUCUUGUUAAGAUAUACUCAUGACUAAGUUAUGGUAAUUGCAUUGUAAGUUAUGAGUUCGUUUUCCUAAGCAACAUAUUUUAACUUGUGCAAUGUCAUUUGUUUUCAGUAUUUUAAAGAUUCAUUUUCAUUGAGCAAUUUUCAUUUAUAUAACUGUAUUAUUCAGAAUGCCCCCAAACAUUUUCUUAAAAGUUGGUUUCAAAACUAGGAUCAGGAUUUUAUCAAGGAUUUAAUUGUAUAUGCUACCAUUCUUUGUUGUAGAUUUCUCAACCUAUGGCUCUCAGAUAGAUAUGAGAAAAUGAUAAGUCGGGAAAGUUCCAAUGUGUGCAUUUCUGAUAAUGAAAAGUUUUAGUUGACUGUUCAAACCAAAACAUUUUCUUUUGGAAGGGGUUAUUUUGUGAUCUUUUUUCAUCACUCACAUAAAAAGUUGAAUACAAUUUUAAAGGAUAUUCUGUUAUUUUCAAAACUUUACCCUUAAUUUAAUAAGGAUGCAGAUCAUAUUUAGAAUUAUAGAGUAAUAUAAUAUUAUAUGUCAUAUUUUUUCAUUUAAUCAUCUUUAGUUGCAGCUAAGUUCAAUGUAUACAUUCCAUGUCAUUACAACACUGUUUAAAAUAUUCUUAUUUAAGAACAGUAGAACUCGACUUGAUAUGGUAUCAUGUUUUCAAAAUUUGUACUGAAUUUUAAUAAAUGUAAUUUCUUUUUAACAAAAUGAACAUGCAGGUGGGGGGGGGGGAGUAUGCUUAACACUUCACUUAUUCCAUAAUGACUUCAGAAGAAGAGAAAAUUGCGCCUGUGGUUUUUUUAAUUCAUUAGAAGAAUGAUUCAGAAAAGUGACUUUUUUUUUUUUCACUUUUCUUAGAAUUUCAUUUCAAAAUGUAUUUUGAUUAUAGGCAUGAAAACAUGUACUUUUUACCCCUCUUAUUUGCAUAAUGCAAAACUAACUAUUUUUUGAUCAUGACUCUAAAGUUAUUAAAAUAGCAUCGAUGUAGUUUUAGUGUUGAUCAUUUAUUUUUCAAAAAACUUUAUCCUAUAUUUACUCUACUAGUUCAAAAAAAAAAAAAAAAAACUACUUUGAAAGAAGUAUUCCUUUUGUGUAGAUGUUUAGAAGUCAACUUUGCUUUUAAAAGGUUUGAAAAUGUUAAAAACAAAUGUUGAACCCAAUUACUAUUUAAAUAUGGCAUGUUAGGCACAACUUCUGGAAAAAGUUGAAAGGAUUUAAUGUUUCGAUGAAAUACAAGUUUUAUAUUAUUUCAGUGUAAGAAGUAGAAUAUGCACAUUUUAUGUUAAUCUUUUCUAUUAGUUGUUUUCAGAAGACUUUUUGAAACUGAGUGAUUUUCUAGGAAACUGGGGUAUAUGGAUCCCUUUUUCUGGAUAUCUGAACCAAAAUGCUGUUUUAUGCAACAAAGUUUUGCUUUUUUUAAUACUUCCAUGUAUUCUACUGCCAUUAUUGCAGUAACUUUGAUCACCAUGUGAAAGGAAGUUAUACUAUAUUAUGUAACCAUGUUAAUUUUAGGAAACCAAUUGGUAUUCAGACGACUUUUUCUGUCCGGGAAUUGACUAAUGCAACUAUUUUUUGAAGUUAAUAACCUUUUUCAAUUGAACUUUCAGUGAUAUUCUCGAAAAUAAUGUUCAGUUACAUUCUUAUACUGUGCAUAAUAGAACCUGUAGACCAUAAUAUCACAUGCAAAAUAUUUUAAAAAUUUUCAGACAAAUUAUUUGAAAAAAAAACUUUGAAGAAUAAUUUAACAUCUGCAUAACUCUAAUGCGAAAUAUUGGAGUUGUUUUACUUACUUUCUAUUGGUAUCUUGUUUUUGAUUAUUUCAAGAAAAGGAUUAAAAAGUAAUGUAAUUUUAAAAGUAAUUUUUUACCUCUUAUAUUAAAUGUUGUAACUAGUUGAAGUGCAUUUGAGUUCAAGAGUAAAAACUCAUCUCAUGGCAAGCAAGUUUUUAGCUAAGCUUUUAAAUUUCGAUAGUUAAUUAGCUAUGCUUACAACUUUCCUAUAAAUAGAACUGCUGUUUAAAAAAUCAUGAGUUAGUAUUCUAAUCUACCAUACAUGAGCUCUUUAAUGUAUCCUAAGCAGCUGAACUAAAGUUAAUUUAAGGAAAUGUGAUGAAUAUAGUUUAUAGUGAUUCCAGAAAAAAAAUAAUGGUUUAUGGGUUAACUUUAAUAAUAUUACAUAAAUAAUGAGAUGUUCAGUGUUAGUUGUAAAUGAAUAUGAGUAAAACAUUGCAUUUAAUUACUGAAUGUAAAGUACUGUUAUUGUAAUAAUCCAAAAGAAAAAUUAAAGUUAAUUUUCAGAGGCAGUCUAGCAUAAAAAACAGCAUAAUGUGUUAGAAAUGAAAAAUAACCAUUCCGAAAUUUCCAUUGAUGCAUCUUUCAGAAUCUCAAAAUAUUUUUGUGAUUCAGUUAAAUUUUUGGAAUGCAACUGCUUACACACAAAUAUUUUUAUAAUGUCCAUGUAAUUUUAAAUGCCUUUUUAUAUAUGUUUUUGUAUUAAGAACAUUUCUAGUUAUUUAAACUAAUAUCUGUGGCUAACUGUUCUUCUGUUUAAAAUAUAUUUUUAAGCUGCUAUGUGAUCUUAUCCGUCCAAUAGGGUUUGUGUUAUUAGGGCAUGGGUGUGUUUAAUUGCUGUACAAUAGUUUCAGUGGAACAAAUGCUUUAAUAUGAAGUUAUAUUAUUUCUUGUGAAUAAAGAAGCAAUUGUUUAAGAAAUGGCACAAACUAGCAAUAAUAACUAAAAGAAUAUUGCUAAAGGUAGUUUUCUUUGGAUUCUAUUACUUUCAUAUUUUACAAAAAGUGAUGAUUCCGUCCAAGCAUGACACUUGUCAAUACUGCAUUUAAUGAAAAGUGGGGAACCUCGACGCAUGAAAUUUUUACUAUUUUGUUUCCUGUUUAUAUUUAAAAACUAAUACUGGUGUAUUUUGCUUAUUUUUUGUUAUUUACACAAAAACAGUAGUACACAUAAGAUUGUGUGUAUUUUUUCAUCCCAGUGAUACAAUGUUCAUUUAUCUUAUUACUAUCAGAGCUCAAGCUAUUGUAUGUUUUUGUACAUUUUUAUGGAAAACUUCAGUUUGAAAUAAAUAUUUUAAUAUUUUUAUUGUG